AUGGUGAGCAGUGUGUUGUGCCGCUGCGUGGCCUCCCCGCCGCCGGCGUCAGUGGGAGACCCGUGCGGCGGCGCCGUCUGUGGGGGUCCGGACCACCGGCUGCGCCUGGGGAGCCUCUUCCAGACUCUCGAUGUUAACCGCGACGGGGGCCUGUGUGUCAACGACCUAGCGGUGGGGCUGCGGCGCCUGGGACUGCACUGCACCGAAGGCGAGCUCCGGAAAAUUGUACAAGCCGGAGAUAGAGACCUUGAUGGGCAGCUAGACUUUGAAGAGUUUGUCCAUUAUCUCCAGGAUCACGAGAAGAAACUGAGGCUGGUGUUUAAGAGGUUGGACAAAAAGAACGAUGGACGAAUCGAUGCUCCGGAGAUCAUGCAGUCCCUGCGGGACCUGGGAGUCAAGAUAUCUGAGCAGCAGGCAGAAAAAAUUCUCAAGAGCAUGGAUAAAAAUGGCACGAUGACCAUCGACUGGAGCGAGUGGAAAGACUACCAUCUUCUGCAUCCUGUGGAAAACAUCCCCGAGAUCAUCCUGUAUUGGAAGCAUUCCACGAUCUUUGAUGUGGGUCAAAAUCUGACGGUCCCCGAUGAAUUCACUGUGGAGGAAAGGCAGACGGGGAUGUGGUGGAGACACCUCGUGGCAGGAGGUGGGGCAGGGGCUGUCUCCAGAACCUGCACAGCUCCCCUGGACAGACUCAAGGUGCUCAUGCAGGUCCAUGCCUCCCGCAGCAACAACAUGUGCAUCGUUGGCGGAUUCACCCAGAUGAUUCGAGAGGGAGGGGCCAAAUCCCUCUGGCGGGGCAACGGCAUCAACGUCCUCAAAACUGCCCCCGAGUCAGCCAUCAAAUUCAUGGCGUAUGAGCAGAUCAAGCGUCUUGUAGGUAGUGACCAGGAGACACUAAGGAUUCAUGAGAGGCUUGUGGCUGGGUCCUUGGCAGGUGCCAUCGCCCAGAGCAGCAUCUACCCAAUGGAGGUUUUGAAGACCCGAAUGGCCCUGCGGAAGACAGGCCAGUACUCUGGCAUGCUGGACUGUGCCAGAAAGAUCCUGGCCAGAGAGGGGGUAGCUGCCUUCUACAAAGGCUACGUCCCCAACAUGCUGGGGAUCAUCCCCUACGCCGGGAUAGACCUGGCCAUCUAUGAGACACUCAAGAAUGCCUGGCUGCAGCGUUAUGCAGUGAACAGCACUGACCCUGGCGUGUUUGUGCUCCUGGCCUGCAGUACCAUGUCCAGCACCUGUGGACAGCUGGCCAGUUACCCACUGGCCCUGGUCAGGACUCGGAUGCAGGCGCAAGCUUCCAUCGAGGGUGCGCGGGAGGUGACCAUGAGCAGCCUCUUCAAACACAUCCUGUGGACCGAGGGGGCCUUUGGACUGUACUGGGGCUGGCCCCCAACUUCAUGA